CUUGAACUGAAGCCCCACCUCGCUCGACGGUCUCUUUUUUUGUCUCCUUAGUGUACUAGGCUUGUCCCGGGCUGCAGACAUUGUAGGUUUACACGAUUCGGUUGGCAGUAUAUGUCUGGGAUCACCAGUGCCUGAUGGGUGCCUGCUUCCAGUAAUACUGCAUAAACCAGCAGAGCUGCCCAGUCCGGCGUUCAACGUCCUCGGAGCAUCUUCCGAGACCUUCUGGGUUCAUGCCUCCUUCACAAUCUAUCUCAGUCCGAUCUACUCAGCCCACCACCAACAAACUGUCAUGCUCGAUUCCAGAAACGGGAUGUGGGCCAAGUGGCCCUCACUCCCAUCUCCGGCCCCUGUCUCCUGCACCAGGUGGGCAUCGAGACGAGACCCAGACGCAUGCCUAGAAUGUGAACCAACCGGCUGACAGUCCAUAUAAGUACCAAGCUGGUGUCCAGUCUUGACACAUCAUUUCCGUGUGUUCUCCCGCAGUUGGAAAACAAGUCCUGGGAGUCUUGUGUGCUUGUCUCUUUCCCUGUACAUUUCCCCCUUCGCUUGGUUUCUCGACUUGCAGAGCAAGUCCAUCUGUAUAUAUCCGAGCUCGAUACCGGCGACGACAUACACCCACAAACAGCAAUCAUGAGGUCUCUCCUGCUGACAGCUGCUGCUCUCCCAGCGGUGCUUGCUUCUUGCAGCAGCUCAGCCGCCGCUGCCUCCUCCAGGCCUACCGGUGUCUCAGCCGUUGCCGCUGCCGCAACGACACCCGCUCCGACUGCGACGAAUGGAACCGUGACGGGCAACGGCGGAACAACAUGCACAGUCACCGCUGCUGCUGACGUUGCGUCCGCGGUCGCCUCGUGCACCAACAUCCUGCUGGACAACCUGUCCAUGCCCGCGUCAUCGACCUUGGACCUCCAGAAGCUCCAGCCGAGUGCUGUCGUGACCUUUAGCGGAAAGACGACCUUCGGGACCACCCCAGACAAUGACUUCGACCCUAUCAUUGUGUCAGGAGACCACAUCACCCUGACCGGCGCCCCCGGCCACGUCAUUGAUGGCAACGGGCAGGCGUACUGGGACGGCCUGGGCAGCAACGGAGGCGGCCAGAAGCCAGACCACUUCUUCGUGGUCAAGAAGACAAACUACGCCACCAUCUCCGGCCUCAACAUCCAGAACUGGCCCACCCACUGCUUCUACAUGACGGGCAACCAGCACCUCACCGCCCAGAACAUCCUGCUGGACAACAGGGCCGGAGACGAGCCCAACUCGGCCUCCGGCUCCAAGCCCGCAGCGCACAACUCGGACGGCUUCGACAUUGGCUCCUCGGACUACGUCACGCUGAGCGACAUCCAGGUGUACAACCAGGACGACUGCGUUGCCGUGACCUCAGGCACGCAGAUCAUCGUGUCCCGCCUCUUGUGCUCGGGCGGCCACGGCCUCUCCAUCGGCUCCAUCGGCGGCAAGUCCAACAACACGGUGGACAAUGUGAUCUUCGAGGACUCGGAGCUCGUCAAGAGCGACAACGGCGUGCGCAUCAAGUCCAACAGCGGCAAGACGGGCUCCGUGACCAACAUCACCUACCGCAACAUCAAGAUGUCGGGCAUCUCCGACUACGGCCUCGACAUCCAGCAGGACUACCUCAACGGCGGCCCGACUGGUGAGCCCACCAACGGCGUCAAGAUCUCCGGCAUCACCUUUGAGAACGUCACGGGCACCGUCGAGUCUGACGCCUACAACUACUACAUCCUCUGUGGUGAUGGCUCCUGCAGCGACUUCACCUUCACCGACGUCGCCAUCACCGGCGGCAAGGAGAGCUGCAACUUCCCAACCAGCACCUGCCUCGCCUCGGCAUAGAUCAAAGCUGUGCUCGGCAAUGACCCAAGCGUGCAAAUAUCAUUUCAUGUACAUACUUUUCUUCCCC